AUGGAGGUUUCAACGUUAAAGAAAAUGAUAGAUGAUUUGUUUCUCUGCGAAGAGGUUAAAGUAGAAAAAACAAGUAUUAUCAUUGAUGGUGCAGCUCUGUACUAUUGUUUGUAUUAUACGUCUCAUCCAAAGCUGGACCAGCGCUGUGGAGGAGAUUAUCCUAGAUUCAAAGAUGAGGUCUGUAACUUCUUAAAGACUCUGCAGGACUGUGAAGUCACUCCGUACGUCAUCUUGGAUGGAGGCUCGGGGCCUGAGAAGCGUGAACAUCUUUUGUCUCGUCUAAAUAAUAAACUGAAAAAAGCAAAGACAGUAGCAGAGAGUGAGCCUGACAUUGUACCAAAAGGAUGUAACGUCUUACCACCUCUGGUCAAAGAUGUCUUCAUAGAAAUCUUGAAGGAGAAAGGCAUAGAGUUUAAACAGUGUUUAGGAGAGGCAGACCCUGAGAUUUUUUCUGCUGCAAAUCAGAAACAAUGUGCUGUGCUGUCCAUUGACAAGGAUUUUUAUAUCUAUGAUGUGCACAAAGGUUUCCUUAAUCUUGACAACUUUGAGUGGAAAAGCAAAGAGGAUGGCAAAAUUCCUGCUAAGCUCUACACACGUUCAAAGUUUUGUGAGCAUUUCAAAUUGGACCCUGCUCUCAUGCCAGUCUUUGCUUCAAUAGCAGGAAAUGAUUAUUCAAGAUUAGAAGAUAAAGGUAGUUUUGCAAGAGAAUCAUCUUCACCUGGUGUGUACAGCAUUAAAAGACUGGAUGGUAUGCUCAGCUUUUUAAGUAACGUGAAUCUGGACGGUUUGAACGACUCACAGAAGAGAGAACGUGCUCUGAGUAAAGCUUUAAAUCAUGUUGGUAAAAAAGAGAACAAAACAUUCAAACUCGCCAUUCAAAAAUAUGUUCAACCAGAAAAACCAAGUUCUACAUUGCCAUCAUUGGUGCAUAAAAAAGUUGAGAGUGGAGAACUCACCACUUUCGUCAUAAAUGUUGUGGAUCAGAAGACUAUUCUGCUGACACCACUUGUGGAGGACUUUUCACAGCGCAGUAGUUACACAGCUGCUUACCGCAUCAGGCAGUACUUCUAUGGACUGUUAACAGGAGGUCAGAUGUGCACAGAAUAUGACAGGGAUGGAAAAGAGAUCAAAGACAAGCGAGUCCCAUCCAUACUCCUCAGCAGUGAUGAACAGAAACAACUGGGACUACAGCACCUGCAUAAGGCUCCUGAGGGUUUGCGUCGCAGGGUGUUUGAAGAAGCUCUGCAGGUUCAGACUUCAGCCUUAGAAAACAUCCCCGACCAGCUGAAGCUGCCAGUCUGUGUGACUGUUUUCUGGUUCAAGAGGCUACAACACCACCCAAAACCUGAAACUGUCCACUGCCUCCACGCCCUCCUGCUGGGGUUUGUGUUUGACCCCAAUAGUCCAGAGGACGAGUUUGAGAGGAAGAUGAAAGCUUUAAAGGAUGAAUGUGUAAGUAACUGGCAGCCCCGUGUGGCUCAUGCUUUUAGCCAAUGGCAGUGCUGCAUGAGGCAGAGCCUCCACCUGAACCAGCUGCUGUGUUCCCCUCUACCAGAACCUCAGUGUGCCCGUGUGAAGUUCCUGGGUGUGCAAAUAUCAGAUGACCUCUCCUGGAACCUGAACACCACCACCAUCAUGAGCAAAGCCCAACAACGUCUUCACUUUCUUAGAAAACUGAAGAAGGCCAGUCUCCCUCCUGCCAUCUUCACAUCAUUUUACCAGGCAAGCUUUGAGAGCGUCCUCUGCUGCUACAUCACUAUCUGGUACGGGAACUGCACUUUUGCUGAAAAGAAGUCUCUGCAGCAGAUAGUGAGGACACAGAGAUGA